CUAUCCAACUAUCCAUUUCCAAGAUACAAGCAGGAAAAAAAGAAACAGAAAAAAAAAAAAGACAAAAUGUCUACCUUCCCCUCAUUCGCCUCAUGGGACAUGACGCGUGCGACCUUCGCACAGCUCCUCGAUUGCUACCCUGCAACACUCCGCGAAAGCUGCAAGCGCCAGCAGAUCGCGACCGCGGAACGAAAACACAGAAAACACCCGGAGCGGAUGAACUACGACAAUCCGGCGUUUGACAAGGAGGCUGACGCGGUGGUUGAGCUGGACCGAUGGCGGUAUGGCAAGCUGCCGCAGAAGGUGAGGAAUCGAACUUCAACGAAAGAAGAUGAGGAGAAGGAUAGUAACCACACACUCAAACCAGGGGAGGAGUAUGAGGGGAUGUUCAUGCACAAGGAUGAGAUGAUUAAGUUGUUGGAUUGGAAGCUAAAACGCGGCCGUUUCCGUCCUCAAUUGGGCGGCAUGAUCAAAACCAACAAGCCAGCGGUACUACGCAAGGCGACGGCAGAUGCCUACAAAGCCAUUGUUGACAAAAAACCUUCUUCCGAUUCCAUAGAGGAGACAUUUCCCAAGACGAGUCUUGAUACGCUGACCACCCCCCUGCGCGCCGUCGGACCGGCAAUGGCAUCUCUCAUUCUCGCUGUCGGCACAGAAGGCAACGCAAAUGAGAUCCCUUUUUACAGUGAUGAGCUGUUCCUCUGGCUCUGCGUCGAUUGGUUCCCUUGCUCAGAGAAAAACCGAUCCAACUACAAAAAGGCCGCGCGUUUGGUCCGAGCAGACGGCAGUGGAUUGAAUCUCAAGUACAGUAUGCUCGAGUACCGGCAACUAUUUGAAGAAGUCACCAAGUUGCGCGAACGAAUCAAUAGCGAUGAAGAAAAAGCCAAAAGCGAAAACGAUGAUGAUGGGCGUGAGUUUACGGCCACCGAUAUGGAUCGUGUUGCCUAUGUGCUUCAGCAUCUAGCUGCGUCAAAUUUCCCUGAUGCCGCGGAGAUUGCGAAAAAGGAUAAAGAGACCAAGCAGGAAGCGCAGCAGCAGAAGAAAGAUGAUGAAGAUGAUGAUGAAGAAGCGGAGAUUCUUGGAGUGAGCAAGCCGCAAACGGGGAAGAAGCGGAAAGCAGGCUGGGACAAGAGGGGAAAGACCAAGAAGGUGAAGAAAUGA